AAUCCGGAAACUUUAUGCCUAUCCGUAUCAACUUUGCCUAGUAUAAUACCCCGCGCGUAAAAAUAGGAAAUGCAGACGGGUUGCAAAGCUAUCAAAUGUUUUUUUCAAACCACGAACGUUCUUCACAAAUCUUUUAAGAAAUACAUUAUAUUACAACGUGUCUUUUCAAACAGUGCAACACAAUCAACGGAUUGGUGGGAGAUUUAUCACAGACAAAAGAAGAAACUGGAGGAGAGUUUCAAAGAUCCUGUGCAGAUAAACCCUCAUGCUAUAUUUGCCAACAACGAGACAUCUUUAAGUGAAAUUGACAUUUAUGGCUUUGACUAUGACUACACAUUGGCAUGUUACAAGCCAGAACUUCACCAUCUCAUUUUUGAACUGGGACGAGAAGCACUUAUUCAAAAAUAUCGGUACCCUGAUCAGCUAGUCAACAUAGAGUACUGUCCAGAUUUUGCAGUAAGAGGGUGUCAUUAUGAUGUCAAAAAGGGCUUGUUGCUAAAACUUGAUUCCUUCCAUAACAUACAAUUAGGAACUGUAUACAGAGGUACUAAAGGACUCAGUGAUGAGGCAGUGAAAACCUUGUAUGGAGGGAUACAUGUCUCUUUGGAGGAUAUGAAUACAUUUUAUGGAACAGGACCAAUGUACCAGCUGGUUGACCUAUUUGCACCUCCAGAAAUGACACUUUUAUGCAAUAUUACAGAUUUUUUCAUGGAGAACGGCAUUCCAUAUGAUCCAGAGUAUGUGUUCCAUGAUGUCCGGUCAGCUGUGCAAAGUGUUCACAAUUCUGGUCAACUCCAUAGUCAGAUAAUGGCUGAUCUAGAAACAUAUUUGGACAAAGAAACAGGUAUUAACCUUUUACUUGAAACUCUGGUUAAUAAAGGGAAACAACUCUUCCUGAUCACCAACAGUGGCUUCCCUUUUGUGGACGCUGGAAUGAAAUUCAUGGUGGGAGAUAACUGGAGAGAUCUGUUUCAAGUUAUCAUAACCAAGGCUAGAAAACCAAAAUUUUUCAAUGAAAGUAAAAGACCUUUCAGAAUUUAUGACCCAGAAACUCAGAAUGAGUCCUAUGACAGAGUUUUAGAGUUGAGCAAAGGAAAAAUUUACCAGCAGGGAAAUUAUUACAUGCUCCAGAGUAUGACGGGAUGGUAUGGAUUCAACGUUUUAUAUUUUGGGGAUCAUGUAUACAGUGAUUUGGCAGAUCCUUCACUGAAGCAUGGUUGGAGAACAGGAGCCAUUAUACCAGAGUUAGAGGCUGAGAUCAUAAAGUCCAAUAAUCUAGAAUACCAACUAGCUGUGAAAUGGUUGUGUACUUUACAAGAUUUGAUUGAAAAUGCUCAGAUGGAUAGAACACAAGACACCAGUCAGAUCAGACAGUGUUGGUUAGAUGAAAGAAAAAAAAUCAGGAAUUAUACAAAGUCUCUGUUUAACGCCCAGUUUGGAAGCAUAUUCAGAACAUAUCACAAUCCUACUUAUUUCUCUCGAAGGCUGGCUCGCUUUGCAGACCUUUACAUGUCCAAUGUUGUCAAUCUUCUUCAUUAUCCUAUAGACCACACUUUCUAUCCUCGCCGCAUGGAACUUCCACAUGAACCACAUGUUGUACCUAGAGAAAUCAAGGGAGAAAAGCAGUGUUAACUGAAGUUAGAUUAGGUACUAAUUUAAAGCAUUGAGUUGAAGGAGGUAUUGCCUAAAGUACUAGCACUCAGUGCCCUGUGAUAUUUAAAAUGUUGGUUAGAAAAACAUUGAGUAGAAGUGAGUGACAGUGGUGCAAGUUUUGAGUUUUGGUGAGAUUUUUAAAAAGAGGAUGACAUGGAAAAAGUGUGAAUUUUAGUAGUUUGAUAUACAUGUAUUUUAAAUAUAGGGUAAAAUUAAACAUUGGUUAAAUACAGGUAAAUGGAAAUGAUAUUAAGUUAUGUUGUUUUGUACUCUUUUAGAUUUAUAAUCUUACUGAGUUUAACAUUUUAAUAAAUCAGAUUUAUUAUAAGCAAAUGCAACAUCUAUGUUGAAUAUUCACAUUGAUUAUUGAAUCCUUUCUUUAGUUUGAAAAUCUGAUAAGACUAAAAAUAAUUUUGAUAAGCCACAUGAAGUGUCAAGAUAAUUUUGUUUUGGUUUAAUAUGAAUGUAUUUUGACAAUAAAUUCAUUUGUUUCUGGUAAAGUACAAGAAAUUUCAGUAUCAUAUUUCUGUAGGCUUCAUGCACUGGUCCUUUGAUUAAGAAAAGUUGAAUGAAAGCAGUGUAUAUAAGCUAUAUGAGGUAAAUUGUACCAUUUUUAAUAUAUUUGCAAGCAUAAUAGAAAAUGUAAUGUACCAGUAUAUACAUGUAUGUGAGUAGUUAGAGUAUAUACAUGUAUGUGACUAGGUUAUUUAUUGUUUUCAGUGUGUAAGAUCCAGUGGUAAUCUAUGUGUGAUAUUAAUAAUUAUUGUUUUACAGUAACAAUAUAACUUUUUACGUUCAGUAUUACAUUUAUGAUAUGCUUUAUUUUUAUGAUGUCAUAUCCCUGUCUUAAACAGAGUAAAUUUGUGUGAUAUGAUUGCAGUGUAUACUUAAUGAUAGUCAACUGUUGUUUAAAUGUAUUGAAUACUUUUAUGAUGUGUUCCAAGACAUAUUUUGAUUAUUUUUGAGAAACUAUCCUAGAAUGAACAAAGCUAAUGAUAUUGACAAUUUCAAUGUGCUUGUGGACCAGGCUUUAAUAUUUUAAUGAGCUUAAGCAUAUUUGUGAUUCUUAACAUAUGUGUAUACUUAUUUUAUUAAGAGCUAAAUUGACACAUCUGUAUUUUGUUUCAUUUAUUUAAAGAAUAUAAUUUCUUGGACACUUA